AGAACAUAACCAAACAAACACAGAGAAAUGGCGCAGGGACACAAAGGCAAGUGCUUUGGGUUGUUUCUCUUGCUAUGCUUCAGUUCUAGUUGUGCAAGUAGGCUCUUUAUGGAUCUCCCCAUGAAUGACCUUCGAGAAAUGGGCUCACAACAGCACAAUGAGGCCAUGAUGGAGACGAGCGAGCUUGAUACUGACCACAUAAUUAGGUCUAGGUUGGUUGAGCUGAACCCGGACCAUAAGGUUAAGCCUGGGAUGGUUGAGGUAGAGCCUGAGCAUUUGAUCAAGUCUAAUUUGAUGGAGCUAGACCCUGAUCAUAAAGUUAAGCCCUUGGCAAGUGAACCAGACCAUAAGGUUAAGUCUGGGAUGGUUGAGGUAGAGCCUGAGCAUUUGAUCAAGUCUAAUUUGAUGGAGCUAGACCCUGAUCAUAAAGUUAAGCCCUUGGCAAGUGAACCAGACCAUAAGGUUAAGUCUGGGAUGGUUGAGGUAGAGCCUGAGCAUUUGAUCAAGUCUAAUUUGAUGGAGCUAGACCCUGAUCAUAAAGUUAAGCCCUUGGCAAGUGAGCCAGACCCUGAUAUGGAUGCUAACCCCAGCGGCGGAUAUGGGUUUGGCUAUGGAAACGGCGUCGGUUACGGGGUUGGAUAUGGUUCGGGCCAUGGAGUUGGAAUCGGGCAAGGAGUUGGGUCUGGAGGCUCUGGUGUAGGUAUUGGAGAAGGGUUUGGGUCUGGCAGUGGCGGUACUGGUGUUGGCAUCGGAAGAGGAAUGGGAUCUGGUUAUAACCGAGGAUCGGGUGUCGGCAUUGGAGAAGGGUUCGGGUCAGGAGGUGGCUCUGGUAUCGGAAUUGGAGAAGGAUUCGGAUCCGGACCUGUCGAACCGGAAUGCGGUCCAGGCGUCAUGGGACCCGGAGGAGGCAGUGGAAUCGGCAUAGGAAUCGGACAGGGUGGAAGCGGAGGUUUUGGAGAGGGUAUUGGACAGGGCGGGAGCGGAGGUUUCGGAGAGGGCAUCGGUAUUGGCUCGGGCGGCCCUACUAUCCCGGGAGUAUCAGUUCCCGGCUUCACGAUCCCUGGUGUGGUUGUCCCCGGGACAACCAUUCCCGGUUUCCAGAUCCCCGGGGUCACAGUUCCAGGCAUCGGAGGUUGCACUAGCUGUGCUCCAGUUUACACCCCGCCCUGCAGCGGGUACUGUCCGCCAUAUAACACAGCGCAGAACAAGCACGACUCGACAGACAAAACCACCACAACCACGGCCGAGAACGGUAAUCAUCAGAUGAUGGGAGAAGCUGACGCACCCAUCUCGCAGCCAGAGAUUCAAGUCUAACCUCCGCGGCGGACUUUGGGCGAUGACGAUGACACAUACAAGAUUCUAAUAAACUCUCAAAAUGUAUUGUAAUGGUGAUUAAUAAAAGCUUCGUCGGAAGUUUACAAACGAAGUGUCUUGAACUUUAUGCAUUA